AACGACGUCCAUGCCUAGCACCAUGGGAGUUUGGAUUAUCGCAUGUAUGUUCCUAGCAACUUUCAUGACGGUAUCAGCCAAACCUUACCGAGUUGCGGACAUAAUAAUAGGAAGCAAAAGUGAAAAUCAGGACCUGGGUAUCGCGGAGACAACUACCGAGCCGUAUAGGUCGUCCAAGCCCUUCAAACCCUCCAAGCAGUUCUACAAUGACAUAGUGGUGUACCCAGUAAAAGUAAUUCAACCUUUGAGCUACAGUUCCAUCAACAAUCAAUUUAAAUAUGAAGCAGACACCAACCCUUACACCAUCAACUCUCAACUGAAGGGUACCGUGAAUUCUGUUCCCUUAUCAGGUGAAAAUACUUCCGGGGUGCAAGAAAAUUCUCAGACAGGAACUGACAAUGAAGGGCAGGGCUUCAGCGAAACCGUGUCCUACGUGAAACCUGUGAGAUUCUACGACCAGAGAAGCUCUCACUUCGAUGCUGGUGGUGACUACGAAGGCAAACAGAAGAAGAAGGAAAUCCACUACCAUCAGCACAAACACCUUCACGAGCAUGACCACAAACAGGAGCACCUUCACAAGCACAAGCAGGAACAUUUGCAUCACCAUAAGCAUGGACACAAGCAUGGCGAUAAACACGAACAUCAACACUGGAACAACCACGACCACCAUCACAAGAGCGAGCAUGGCCAUAAACACGAGGACAAGCAUCAACACGUGCAUAAAGGUGAGCACCACCAUGACCACAAGCAGGAACAUAAGCAUGGCCAUCAACAUCAAGAAAAACACGACCAUCACGACGACCAUAAACACGAGCACUCUCACAAGGCCGACCACCACCACGACCAUCACAACGACCAUCACCAUGACCACAAGCAUGAACAUUCUCAUCAAGGGAAACACAAGCAUUCUCAUCGUAGUGACAACAAGCAUCACCACGACCACAAGCACAACGGUCACCAUCACCACGGUCAUAACUCCAAGCAUCAGCAUCAGCAUAAGCACAGCCACCCAGGCCACGGGCACAAGAUUUAUAUUAAGAGAUAUCACCACUGAUGCGAGUUUUGUAUUUGUAAAGUUGUUUUUAGUAGUUACUGUUAGUAGUAAGUUCUGAAAUGAA